GUGUUUUGCUUAAUAAUGGAUAAAAUUAAUUUAUUAAUAAUUUAUUAAAUUUUUUCAACAAGAAUAAAUUGCUUAUGGAACGAAAUAGUGUUUUUGUGAUGUAUGUUCUUGAUGUUUUUAAAAAGUGGGUUGGAUUUCAGGCAGCUAUUGAUGAAGGUAUGGGAGGUCCAUAUGCAAGAGAAAAAGAAGUAUGGAUGGCUAGUGAAAUUGAAAAUUAUUUUAAACGAUAUGAUAAUGUAAGCCCUGAAGAUAUAGAAGCUUACCUGGGUGCCAUGAUGGAAACUGAAUUUGAAACUUAUUUUGAAGACGGAAGUUUAAUGGAU